AGACAAGAAAUAGAAGAGAGAAUUUUCUCUGAAUUAAUUCUUUCAUGGUAUCAGAACCAAAACCCUAGAGGAUUUCCGCGACUACUGUGCACCGAUCGCCCGGCAUCGCGUCCAGCGGUCGUCACUUGGUGUUGCUGCGGAAAGACCGGAACGGUCGACCGUCGGGAUAGGAACGGUCGAAGGCAUCGACCGUCCCGACGACAGCUUCUUCAGUUGCUACAGCAGUUCGAUCCAUUGUUAGCCCCUGUCAUCCGGUAUGUCUAAAGAGGCAUCCAUGAAGAUUAUUUUCAGCAAGAAAAAUGAGGAAGAAGAGAAAAAGGGAUAUUCACCGUUGCCCGAUUUUGGAGAUCUGACUAUGGAGCAGUGGAAUGCUGUUCGUCACGCUCUUGCACUAUCUCCUACAGACAUCAAUAAGAAACUUACAGGUGAAAUCCAAGAUGAGAGUGAAUCGAGUAGUUCCCCUUCGAUCGAUCACUUUGAAGAUGAUGAAGAAACGCCCAUGGAAAGGCCGAUGGACCGUUCCAUGAGGAACAGUCGGCCGGAGGAAGGUGGUGAAGCAGACAGACUACCGACGGUCGACCUGAUGGACCGUUCUGCUGUACACGGUCGACCGUCCGAGAGGCAGAAAGAUGGGUUGCAGGGAGAUGGACAAACGGUCGACCUGGUGGACCGUCCUGACAUCCACGGUCGACCGUCCGAGAGGCAGAAUGACGGUUCUUUGGGAGAUGAUCAAACGGUCGACUGUGAUCUGGAAGACGGUCGAUCGCCUCCGAGGCAGAAAGUCAGUGAUCCGGAACAGCUUCAGAUGGUCGACCCCGUGGACCGUUCAACGGACGGCGGUCAACCGUCCUCUUCCCAGAAGGUGGUGGAGAACUUGGGACGUGGUCAGCGUGAGAAACAUCCAAAUGUACGCCUUGCCGAUUAUGUUACCCAUGUGUUCAAAAGGAUGGAGAUCCUCAACAAAUCCCCUCAAAGGAGAAAGAAGCAAAAGUAAAGAUUGAAAACCUUAAAAACAGUAUAAGAGUAUCAACAUCCCAAACCAGUUGUAGUGCAGGCUAACCAACCUACCGAACACGAAAUGUUAAAAAUGAAGUCAAGUUUUCUUGCAUCAGGAGUCUCGAGUAUUACCACCAGAUAAAGAAUAUGAAGGAAAAGCUCAGCACCAAAUAAACACUUCAUCUCCUUCAAUAAAGAAUAAGAGGGAAAAUCUGCAGCAUCUUGUAAAUGUUAUCCUUUCAAGCUAUUGCCAAAACUGCCAUCAUAAACAAUAUCUAAUGUGGACUAAGAUGCAAUCUAAAACUCUACGCAAAGUAGUACGUAUAGUAGCCAAUAAGUUGCUGAUAGGAAUAGGCAAGUAAGAAAGACAAAAUUGGCUAACUGUAAUGUGUAGCCACAAAUCCAAGAAUAAAAUAGUCUCAAGGCUGCAUUGAAUUAGGUAUUGUCAUUAGCUCUAUUGUGUAGCCACAUACCAGCAUAAAAAACCCACACACAGCCACACAGGAAAUGGUAAUUUAAGCUCACUGCAAUAUCAUCAUGGCAGAGUAGUAGUAUAAUCAGAAGCUAACUCAAAGCAAUAUACUACUCUGUAAUAAUCUAUUAAGAGGUAACUGAAAGAAAUAUUGUAUCAAUCCAAAUGCAAUAAAAACAUUAAAAAGAAUAACGAACUUCAUAUAUAUUUUAUUUAAUUACAGAUCAAAGAUUGAAAAGAGUUAAUCGGAAAAAGUCAAAACUGAACAAAUAUUCAGGGAUGAAAGUAGUAGAAAAGAAGAUGAAGUUGGUUAAAAUGGCAUUAAAAAAAUCAUAUCAUAAAUGAGUAGUAAUCAACUUUUAAUAUAACUAAAAUGGCCACAAAAGUAAUUUUAUAAUUUCAGUUGGAAAGUGCUACUUAUCUCAAAUACAUAAUGUACAACUAACUUAAACAAAAUAAUGAAUAUAUAUUUAAUGUGCUGUAAUUAACUAUACUCCAUUUUAAACCACUCUCUCAUACUGUUGAUACUGGUGCAGUAGAGGAAAAAACAGUGUUGCAAUAAGCUGCUCAAUACAUAAGAACUUAGAUCAUUACAAACACAUUAGUAUCUUAAUAGGUACAAACUUAAAAUACCCCCAUUUUCUCCUCUAUGUGGCAUUCAAGCUAAGGCAGCGGCAGACUGCCCUUUUUCUUCUUAGCCUACUCAGCGAAAAUAAUGAACUUCAUUCAACCAGUUUUAUAUAUCUUUGACAGGGAACAUAUGAUUUUUCUAUGCAGUGUUUAAAUUGAUCUUUAGAAAAUUUACAAAACUUUGAAGAGAUCCAUCAUCAUCUCAAGAUAUUAGACACUCAAAGAAUUGAACAAUGAAUAUAUCGAAUAUUAACAUGUAGAACAAAACUUAGCCAUUGUAUGUAAAUAUGAAAAUAAGUUAUAAAAACAAAUGAUUGGUAGCCCAUACCUUGGUAUAUGGUGCUGAUGUGCUGCGACGGGGUUGAUUUAGGAUCCAGUCAUUCUCGCUACAUCUCUUUUGUAGAUGCCUUUAUAAUGUGACAAUAUCUAGGGGAAAUUUCUGCUAUAUAUGUCGGGAGGAGUAAAAGCAGGGAUAAUAAGUAUGCAUUUUGUUAGUCAUGGCCAUGUGACCGUGUUUGAUAGAAAAAUCAGCACUGAUGACAACAUAAACAAAGUGAGGACUUCCAAAGAUGCACUGAGCCAACCUAUUUUUACAUAAUCAUCUAAUAUCACAGAAGCAGUGCACCACAGACGCAUGUAAGCAGUGAUGAAAGCCGUCCUUGUACUAUAGGUUAGCUCUGAUGCUCAGACAAUGGAAACAAACAUUAGAUGGUGCAGUGUUUAUAUUGUCAAAGUAUGCAUUUAGGCAAAAUAUAUACCUAAGUUGAGACUAAAAUAGCCGCAUUAUCUGGACUAAAAACCUACAUGGUGUGGUCAAAGUAUACAUUUAGUCAAAAUACAUACCUUA